UUCAUCUUCCCCCAACAAGCCUCUCGAAAGAGUGAAAUUUUCAAAACGUUUCAACGCUUCCCUCCAUGUCUCUUCCCUCUUAUCCUCAAAACAUUUGAAACCCCUAAAACCCUUCCAUCCCCAUUAUAAAUAUCCGUCUCCAGACUCCCAAGGAUAACCAUCAAAUCACAUCUCUACAUUAAUCUUAUCAUCAUUAUCCAAAAGAAUGCCUUCCAUGGCAGAAGAGCCGCUCCUCACCCCAACCCCAGACAGAUUCUGCAUGUUCCCGAUCCAAUACCCGCAGAUCUGGGAGAUGUACAAGAAGGCCGAAGCCUCUUUCUGGACCGCCGAAGAAGUCGACCUCUCCCAAGACAAUCGCGACUGGGAGAAUCUCAACGACGGAGAGCGCCACUUCAUCAAACACGUCCUCGCCUUCUUCGCCGCCUCAGACGGAAUCGUUUUGGAGAAUCUCGCCUCGCGGUUCAUGUCCGACGUGCAAGUCUCCGAGGCGCGUGCCUUCUACGGGUUCCAGAUCGCGAUUGAGAAUAUCCACUCAGAGAUGUACAGCCUCCUGCUCGACACGUACAUCAAGGACAACAAGGAGAGGGACCACCUUUUCCGCGCGAUUGAGACCAUCCCUUGCGUCGCGAAGAAGGCCCAAUGGGCCAUGACGUGGAUCGACGGAUCUCAGACUUUCGCCGAGAGGAUCGUCGCCUUCGCUUGCGUCGAAGGGAUCUUCUUCUCCGGUAGCUUCUGCUCGAUCUUCUGGCUUAAGAAGCGAGGGCUCAUGCCUGGGUUAACCUUCUCCAACGAGUUGAUCUCCCGAGACGAAGGCUUGCACUGCGAUUUCGCCUGCCUGAUCUAUACCCUCCUGAGGACGAAGCUCACGGAGGAGCGCGUGAAGUCGAUCGUCUGCGACGCGGUCGAGAUCGAGAGGGAGUUUGUGUGCGACGCGCUUCCUUGCGCGUUGGUGGGGAUGAACCGUGACCUGAUGAGUCAGUAUAUCGAGUUUGUGGCGGAUAGGCUGUUGGGUGCGCUUGGGUACGGGAAGGUGUACGGUGUGGCGAAUCCGUUUGAUUGGAUGGAGUUGAUCUCGCUUCAGGGGAAAACGAACUUCUUCGAGAAGAGAGUUGGUGAUUACCAGAAAGCUUCUGUUAUGUCUAGCGUUACUGGAGGCGGCGCGUUUGAUAAUCAUGUGUUUUCCCUCGACGAAGACUUUUAGAUUUGAUAUUGUAAUAAAUUGUUGUGACGAUUAUAUCAUUGUAAUAUUCCGUGUAUUAUCGAGUUUUUAAUUAAUGGAAUUCCCUAGCUCUAAA